UAAUGGAUACCACAGACACAUCAGCAAUCCAACAUAGGAAAUGUAAAGGCAUGCUGUGCUUGUGUCUCUAGCCACCAACCACAGUGACUUGGAGACUGACAGCUUCUUAAACAUGGUCAAUUCCUUUGUGUUUAAGAUCAGGAAAGAGCUAGAGAUCACUGGCAAGGAUAUAUGAAAUAUUUUCUCUGGUCAGACAUCAUGAGGAUGGCUAUAUUCAUCCAGCAAGUCCAGGACAUGAACAAUGAUGAUGCCUAACGAAUUUAUGAAAUCUAUUGCCAAGCAUCUCAAUGUGGUAGUGUCCACUAGAAGACGUGUUGUGCAUGAGGACGUCGUGUACAAGUUCAAUAUGAUGAGGAGAGAGCAGUUUAUGUCUGGCAAAACCUAGGAGACCCAUGUAAUCUGAUUGAAGUACUUGCUGGACAAGCUCAAACCAAGAAACCAGUCAUUCCUUGGUUUUUCUUUAACAAACGUUGACCAGGACUAGAAGCUGUACAGGGGAAAAUGACAGCACCUCCAGAACAGUCAUCUUCGUCAGCGGAGACAAAUACUAAAGAAGAAAAGAAUGAAAUGUCCUCAUCAACAGAGAAUAACACAAAAGAAGAAAAUAGUGAAGAAAAGUCCUCGUCAGCCAGUGUGAAAAGCACAAAUCCAUCACAGAAAUGUAAUGAACUGAAAGGAGACAAGGUGGCCAAAUCAGCCCUCACGGACAGUUUACCUUCAACACCAAGUGUUCCGCAUAAAGUGCCAUUUGCAUUAAAAAAUAAAAUGAAUAUGGACACUUCCACCACUCAACAGAGUGAAGAAAAUGAAUCACUGAUUGUACAUGUUGAUGAUACACAGAACGAUUUAGAUGCUGAUCUUGUGGCAUCGAAGGACAAAGUGCGUGGCAAAACUGAAGUGAAGAAAACAGAUGGAAGCAAAGUUGAAGAAAGGGCUAAAGGUAAAACAGAAGGAGGGCAAACUGAGAAGAAGGCUGAUGAAAAGAAAGAUGAUAAAGAUGUAAAGUCGAAGAGUUCUUCAGCUUCUAAACCCAAAGUUAUCAAAAGUAUCAAGGGCAAUGACCAAAACAGUCGGAAUCUGUGGGUCAGUGGUCUUGCCACAAGCACCCGUGCUACAGACCUUAAAGUGCUUUUUACCAAAUAUGGCAAGGUUGUUGGUGCCAAAGUAGUGACAAAUGCACGGAGCCCUGGUGCUCGAUGUUAUGGUUUUGUAACUAUGUCUUCUUCACAUGAAGCUUCUAAAUGUAUUCAGCAUUUGAAUCAGACUGAACUGCAUGGCCGUAUGAUAUCCGUUGAAAGGGCUAGAAAAGAACCUUCAACUCAGACUAAAGCACCAGAAAUCAAGUCAGGAGAAAAGAAAGUAGAAAAGGCUGAGGUGAAGAAAGAUGACAAAUCUCAUGCAACUGCACCGAAUAAGAGUGCAGCUGAAGCAGCUACAAAAGAAGGCUCUGAGAAAAGUGCAGAGCCUGCAGCAGGCUCCAAAGAGAAAGCUCCCAGUACAACAAAACCUAAACCACGAGGGUCCAGUGCGUCUUCUGCCAAGAAAGAUAUUUUAUCAUUUGAUCAAAUAAAAAAGGAAAGAGAGCGACAGCGUUUACGUCAGAGACAAAGGAGUCGUAGGGAACAGGAGAGGCGUCGGUUGAAAAAACUUGACAUGGCCCGGAUGCUUCAGCAGAAUGUGGAACGGGAACAGAAGGAGGAAGUGAAAAGAUUGGGAAAAGUUAGAGAACAGAUAAGGUUAGAGAAAAUGAAAUUGGAAAAAAUGAAACUGGAAAAAGAGAAACUAUUAAGAUACAGAAUGGAAAAAGAACUUCUUGAAAUAGAAAGACGUAAUGUAGAGAUGCGUUCUGCUGAGAUGUUGCGGUUGGAGAGAAUGAAACUGGAGAAAAUGAAGCUGGAGAAAGAGAAACUAUUAAGAUACAGAAUGGAAAAAGAACUUUUUGAAAUGGAAAGGCGUGAUGUAGAGAUGCAUUCAGCUGAGAUGUUGCGGUUUGAUGAAAUGAGACAUCCUUCAAAAAGAUCUCAUGAUCGAAGUAGCCUACGUGAUGAUGACCUCUGGGAUGAACGUAAACGGUCCAGGAUGAGUAGUUCCGGUAACCCCUCUAGAUUUGAACUUCCUUUCCGGAAUGAAUCACGGAUGCCUUUUGAGUUAAGAAGAGAUAUGGGACCAAGUGGGGAUCCUGAUAGAAGAUAUGUUGGUCCCGAUCGAGGACGUGAUCACGACCGACGAAAUAUAUCAGCUCAUGAUAGAUUGGGAAGAGUGAGAAAUUCUUUUGGCGGUGGACCUGACCAGAGACCUCCUUGGGGUUCUGGCAGUGUAGAUAGGAAAAUGGACAACUGGUCUCACAUGCAUGGAGACAUGGACCAACCGAAUGAACCGUGGUUUGGUAACCCUAUGGACAAAACAGGUCGUGAUGCCAGUGGGGCAUUUGUUGACAAUAAUAGACCCGGUAACAGUGGUGGGGUGGGGCAGAACUUGGGACCUAAUAACAUGUUUGGCAACUCACAGUCGCGUGGUGGGAUCAUGAUGGUUACACACGAGGGUGGUAGUGGGGGUGGUAUAUGAGUGGAUGUAUGCAAGAGCCUAGUUUUGAUGUCUACAACAUUGUGGGGGUCUAUGUGAAACCCAAACUGAGGAUUAAGGUGUGAGAGUCAUGUUGAGGUGUUCGAUUUUGGAGUGGCAGAUGGAAUCCGAUAGAUAAUAAAAUCCUGCCCUACAACUGUGUAUCAUCCACAUCCUGCAUUCCAUUUGUCACUUAGUGUUUGGUUCUUGGGACGUUCAGUCAUAUUUUUCUCCUUCAUACUUUCACACACACAGACUGCCAUCUCCCUAUCUCCACUCUACUCCCUCUAACAUUACUGUCUUAAUAUAUUUAUUUCCUUCAUAUUUGUUGCUAAUAUUUUAUUAGUUAUUACUGACACACACACUUCCCACAGUUGAUAUAUUUUAAUGGAAGAGGAGGGUGGGGUGGAGCCAAGAUAGAUUGUAUUUACUAAAGAGGGGGGGGAGGAAGAAGAGCAACCACAGAAUGUAAUAAAGAAGCGAGAGAGACCACAUAGAAUGUAAUAUAUGAAGAAAUAAAUUUUAUUCACUGUAAACCACUCACAAAGUA